CUGUGCUGGACGGCACUUCAAAUGUCUCCCCUGACUUGGCUGUUGAACUUCGGGUGUUCAAAGAGGAACUUCGUGCAGAGUUUCGCCUCAUGCACAAAGAAUUCCUUCAAUUGCGGACAGAAGUGGCGCAGCUAAAAGACGCCCUAAAUAAAUCUGGUGAGCGAUGGAGCUCGAUCAGAAAAUUUUGCCGAUCAAUAGCGAUUACGUCGAUAACACUAUCGCUGAAUUGAAGUGCCAGCUUAACGAGCGUGAUCAGGAACUGUUGCUCAACGACAUUGAGAUCACAGGAAUUCCCGAGAGUAAAGACGAAAGCACCCUCCACCUCGUGAACGUUCUCGUAGUAAAGCUCGGAAUUACACUACAUUUAAGGGACGUCGUCCAUGCCGAACGAGUCGGAGCUACGCACCGCAACCGUGUGGUUGCCUUGGAUGGCAGUAUUGCUGCUGACCCCGCUGCGCAACGGCCGCGGAGUAUAUCGGUGCGCCUGGCGAGGCGCGCGACCCGCGACGCGCUACUGCGCGCGGCCCGAGUGCGUCGUGGCUUGAGUACGGAUGCACUCGAUAUGCCUGGGCCGCCGCACCGUGUCUACGUCAACGAGCGCCUCACGCGCACUAAUCGCCAGUUAUUUUAUAGCGAGUCUGCAUGGCUGGAAGUAUGUGUGGACAAGGGUAGGAACAAUUUUGUAUCGCAACGAUGA